GGUGUCUCCACGCUGUUGUUGUUGCGCAGCUAUGACAACGUCCUUCAUUCAAAAGUUGGAUGCCUUCAGAAAAGAUGUCUCCGGCUAACGUACACAAGAGAUCUCUCAAAUGCACCGUGCUUUUGGAAAUUCAUUCAGUCACCUGCCCGGGGUCAUUACUACAAAAGCAGAGUAACAUCUACCUGAGUGUGUGCACCCUGGGCCAGUACCGAAAGACUGCAUGUGUGCCCCCUGUGUUCCCACUGAGGUUUCACCAGAAAAUGAUCUUUGAGAAGAUUUUCCCUGGUGUCGUUGACCCUGCUGAUGUAGCUGACCUCCUAGAAGCUGACACCACAUAUUUUGAGCUGAUUCAGAUGGUCCCUCCAGAGGGUGAGAUCUUGGCGACCUUGGAAGAAAGCACCCGAGAGUUUUUAUAUCCAGGCCCAGAAUUUAAAUCCAGAGAAAACGCAGCCGAACAAGAAAAGCUGAUGAAGAGGACACACUCCUUUCCUGGAAUCUCCCCCAAGGUGGAGUUUUCCAGCACAUCAGUCAUUCAGGACAGCGGCGCAGAAGACAGCUGGCCCUCGCCUAGCAAAUGUUCUCCGCUGAGAGCGUCUCUGUCCCCAGGCAUUAUGGGAAAAAUGUCUUCAUCUUCCCAGCCACUUUGUCACUCCGACUGGCAAACUCCCACAAGCCAUGACGGGAACUCUGGCUGUUUGAAAACAGAAAAGCAAAUGCAACAUACAAAGGCUAAGAUGUUCUCUGACUCCACAAAGUCCACAUCUGUCUGCUCUCCUCCCCUGUCCCCAUCAAAACAACAGCAGAAGAAACUCGCUAGUGAAGAGGGGCGGGUGGGCUUUGGCUACCUUCAGCCCACAGUCUCCUCCAGGGCCCGGGCGCUGUCUCCCUACACGCACCGUAGGAUGUGCCAGCUCUCAGAUGAAACCAGUCAGAGACUCAGCCACCUCCAGCUCGGGCCUCAUCUCUUUAAGAAGAUCGCCAACAAUCCACCACCUUUCUCAGUCCCUUUGUCCAUGAACACCUCUCUGCUGGAGCCCUCUUCAUCCUCUCCUCAUGAUGGACAACAUCAUGGCACCGUGCAUCAGGGCUCCAUCAGCUUUACAGAGGAGCACACAGAUGUGUCUCUCCUGGGGAGUUACAGACCGCGUGCAGACAGAAUGAAGUGGAGUCAUGUGAGGACCCAGUCUUCUCCUGGGACCUCCUCCAGACACAAGGCUCACCCCAAAAGCCCAGCCGAGGCCCGUCUGAAUGUGUCAGGGUCCCUAAGCACCCCAGCAGCUCCAUGCAGUUCUCUAAAGGAGAGAUUUCAGGCCCUUGAGCCAAGUCCAUCAUACAGUGAGCAGAUUCACAGACGGGUUCAGAGGAUCCUUCAGACUCACAAAGCAUCAUCAGGUCACCUCUGACCUCUGACAUGAUGGAAACUGUACUCUAUAAUUAUAGUGCCAAGCCUGUGUGGUAUUCACUUAAAAAGUUACUAUGCUGCUUUUAACAUGAAUGGUUUGUUCCAGUGCAUUAAGAGCAGCACCUUCUCCCCCCGUCGGUGAAACCAAACAGAGACAUCGUCAAAUUUCUCCAAAGCCAUGUGUGAAAUUGGAUGGAGAACAGAGCUUUGGCGUUGUGUGUGGGAAGAGGAGAUGGUGGAUGUAAGCUGCAGCUGUUAAGAGCUCAU